UUGGCCCGCUCCCCUGUCCGUCAUGCAGCUCCCGGCCCCGCCCAGACGUGCUGUGAGAAGGGCAGUCCCAGUCUGGCGCUGACGUCACGGCCCGUCUGGCUGCCCGGGGUUGGGGAGAGACAGAGAGAGUGCCGGAGAGAGAGAGAGCGCAGCUCCUUGGGAGGAAGCGAGGCAGUGAGACAAAGUGACCGCUCCUGUCCGGGACUCGUCUACUCCUGCCCCUGACUGCCACUUACACUACUCCUGCCCCAGGCUGCCACUCACAGACUGCUCUUCUACUGCCCCAGGCUGCCACUCAGACUGCUCCUCUCCUGGCAACAACUGACGGCUCUAUUGCUGCCCCAGCCUGGCACUCAGACACUUCCUCCUGUCCCUGCCUGGCACUCACAGACUCCUCCUCUCCUACCCCAGCCUGGCACUUAGAGACAGCUCCUCUCCUACCCCAGCCUGGCACUUAGAGACAGCUCCUCUCCUACCCCAGCCUGGCACUUAGAGACAGCUCCUCUCCUACCCCUGCCUGGCACUUAGAGACAGCUCCUCUCCUACCCCAGCCUGGCACUUAGAGACAGCUCCUCUCCUGUCCCUGCCUGGCACUUAGAGACAGCUCCUCUCCUACCCCAGCCUGGCACUUAGAGACAGCUCCUCACCUACCCCAGCCUGGCACUUAGAGACAGCUCCUCUCCUACCCCAGCCUGGCACUUAGAGACAGCUCCUCUCCUACCCCAGCCUGGCACUUAGAGACAGCUCCUCUCCUACCCCAGCUUGGGACACAGUGACUGCUCCUGUCCUCUCCCUGCCUGAUAUUAAGUGACUGCUUCUCUCCAGGUAAAGUGACUGCUCUCCUACCCCAGCUUGGGGGGGUUCCAGCUAAAGUGACUGCUCUCCUACCCCAGCUUGGGGGGGUUCCAGCUAAAGUGACUUCUCUCCUACCCCAGCUUGGGGGGGUUCCAGCUAAAGUGACUGCUCUCCUACCCCAGCUUGGGGGGGUUCCAGCUAAAGUGACUGCUCUCCUACCCCAGCUUGGGGGGGUUCCAGCUAAAGUGACUGCUCUCCUACCCCAGCUUGGGGGGGUUCCAGAUAAAGUGACUUCUCUCCUACCCCAGCUUGGGGGGGUUCCAGCUAAAGUGACUGCUCUCCUACCCCAGCUUGGGGGGGUUCCAGCUAAAGUGACUGCUCUCCUACCCCAGCUUGGGGGGGUUCCAGCUAAAGUGACUGCUCUCCUACCCCAGCUUGGGGGGGUUCCAGCUAAAGUGACUGCUCUCCUACCCCAGCUUUCCCCCCAGCCUGGGUCAAACUGACUAACUCCUUCAAGCUUCCUGCUGUGGUCCUGCCCCAGCCCAGGGUAAAAGAGACUGCCCCCCAGCCUAGCAGAAGACCCCCUGGCUAUUUGCCCCCUCUCCCUGCCAUGCCUGCCCCCUCUCCCCAGGCAGCGGGUGCCGGGGGUCCCAGCGUGACAGACUGAGGCGCUUUCGGGGAAGAGACUUGCCAGUACUUCAAUGCAUAACUUGAUGGGUCUGAACGGCACCGGCGAAUCCAUCCAUUCCAAUGUGUCCUGCACAUGUAACUGCAAGAGGUCUCUGUUCCAGACUAUGGAAAUCUCGGAGCUGGAGUUCGUCCAGAUAAUCAUCAUUGUGGUGGUGAUGAUGGUGAUGGUCGUGGUUAUCACUUGUCUCCUAAACCACUACAAGCUCUCGGCCCGAUCCUUCAUCCACCGGCACAGCCAGGGCAGGCGGCGAGAGGAGAACCUUUCCUCGGAAGGAAAUCUUUGGCCGUCAGAAAGCACAGUGUCGGGAAAUGGAAUCAUAGAGCAGCACAUUUACACCCCUCGGCCGUCGGACAGGCUCAGCGUUCCGUCUUUCCUGCAGAGAGAUCGUUUCAACCGAUUCCAACCCACGUACCCCUACAUCCAGAACGAGAUCGACCUCCCACCCACCAUCUCCUUAUCGGACGGCGAGGAGCCGCCGCCCUACCAAGGACCUUGCACCCUGCAGCUCCGGGACCCCGAACAACAGAUGGAACUUAACAGGGAAUCCGUUCGGGCCCCGCCAAACAGAACCAUUUUUGAUAGUGACUUAAUAGACAGCUCGGUGUACGGGGGUCCCUGCCCCCCGAGCAGCAACUCUGGCGUCAGCGCCACCUCCUACAGCAGCAACGGGCGAAUGGAAGGGCCCCCGCCGACCUACAACGAAGUCAUUGGCCACUAUCCCAGGUCGUCGUUUUACCAUUGCCAGCAGCCGAACCUUGCCACGCCCUCCAUAUUGGAAAGCAACAGACUUCAGCCGCAGAACCAAGGCCUUGACAGCACAAUUGCACGGAACAAAGACAAAGACAGACAAAAAGGGCAACCGUUCUAGAACGGCAAUGUGAGCGAACAAAAGAAAUUAAAAAAAAAGACAAAUUAACACUCUGCACUUCUCACUGGUCCGUCCGGUCGCCGCAGAAUCCUGCAACAGGAAAAGGAGUCGAUCGCCUAUCCCCGGGGGCGGGCCAUGAAAUCCAGAAGAGGAAAAUCUUUAAAAAGGGAGGAGUUUAAUUUAAGAAAAAAAACAAAACAAAAAACAACUCCCUUCCUUUCCGCUUCUUCCUGUAUAAAUAUUUACAUGUUAUGUCUGGUUUUGAAUGCACAAGGAGGAAGAGCUUGCAAUUAUUUUUUAUUUUAUUUUGUUGUGUCUCGCUGCAUCUUGAUAUUGAAUCCUACCAAGUUGCUUUUAUAUUAUUUUAUGUUUCCAAGUUAAGCCGUGUAUGAAUGCUUUACCCGACACCGUCUCUAUUUACAUGGUAUAUAUAUAUAUAUAUCGGGGGCUUUUUUUUUCUUAAUAUCCCACAUAAUGUUAAGGAAAAAAAACCCAAAAACAUUUGCACAAAACUAUUUGUUAAAUAUCUGCAAUAUUAGAAAUCUAUAUAUAAAUAUAUAUGAAACACAAGAAGUGUAUGCGUGGUAGGGAAGUGUAUUUUGUAAUGCAAGAGGCCUCUCUCUCUCUCUCUAUAUAUAUAUAUAUAUAUUUUUUUUUUGUUUGUUUGUUUGUUUUUCUGAAGCAGAAAAGCGAAAAACUGAUUUUUUUUUUGUUUUUGUUUGAGUGCCAAUUGGGGAAAGUGUGUUGUACGUUGUUUCAAAAACGCAGGGGUUUAGAGUUAUUUAUAUAAAUGUUGAAAAGAAAAAGAUUUGCACUAUUUUUUGAUAUGAAUAUACCAGUGCUUGUGUUAGCAAAAAAAAAAAAAAAAAA